ACCUGACAUCUCUGAAGAUCGAAUAAGAUCAACAACUUACCAGAAAGUGAAACAAAAUGAGCCAAACUAUAAGUAAUAAUAUCAUGAUUCAGAAAGAUAUAAAGCAGUUAAAAAUUGUACUUAUAGGCGAAAGUGCUGUUGGCAAGACCAGACUUCUUCAAAAAUUCCAAAAUCUAGAUACUGAGUUCAGCCCGCGAGCAACAAUAGGUGCUGACAUGAAAACCGAACUAGUUGAAAUAAAUUGUCAUGGAAAUAACGUCGUCGUGGAACUGCAAAUUUGGGAUACGGCGGGUCAGGAGCGUUACAAGGCACUUGGUAAUCAUUAUUUCAGAAACGCCCACGGAGCAAUCCUAGUCUACGACGUCACUCGGAGUGAAACACUUGGUAAACUGGAUUCGUGGUUGAAGCAGCUUGACGAGUACGAUACGAUUAAUGUGCGAAUCAUUGUCGGGAAUAAAAUUGAUUGUGCUCCUGAUCGAACCGUAAGCUUCAAGGAUGGCAAUAGUUUUGCAAGUGCACACGGAACAAUGUAUACAGAAACAUCCGCCUUAACAAAUGCAGGGGUUAGGGAUGCGUUCCUAAAAGUUGCCCAAAAGAUCAUGGAGACGUCAAAUGUUCAAAACAAUAAGGGUUUGCAACUUGAAGCUUCUAGACCUUCCAAACGAUCUUGGUGCUGGUUCUGGUUCUGGUAAUUGGGCCAAUAAAAAAAAACGGCUUUCUCAUCCAGUUCUCCAGUAAAGCUUAAAACAGAAGUGUAAAAUCGUUUAAUACUGGUCCCGUGGAGUAGAGAAGAUCGUGUAGGAGAAUUCUUAAGUCCUACUCGACGCCGCAUUUUUUUCUGAACCCGAAUGUGACCUGUAUCCGAUUGAAAACUGAAUUUUGUAAUUCUCUGAACCAGGUUCAUUUUUAUAAUGUCGUUUAUUUUACCCCGGCUAAAAUCUUU